CAAAACUAUUGACUGUGUAGCAGGAAAAGUGGAAUAAACGGAAAUGACCAGACACAGGGACUGGAUUUACUCUGAUGUCAGAUAUGAGUUUGUUUUCCCCAUUUUUACAGACUUCAUACGGGUCAACCUGUCGUCGUGUCAGCGAAAGUGAAACUGAAAGUAAAACGUCCGUCGAGGUCUGUAAUGGAGGACUGCAACGAAAUCUGCUGAUCUCCAGGAUUUAUCCUCUUAUGGUUUAAUUGUCUACUCAAGAACAAUGGAGAAAGUGACGGCAUGUGCAUUGCUCAUCCUUUUUUUCGACAUGGUGUUGAGUUUGGCCCAGUGGACUGGACUGGUGCUGCUGCGGUGCUACAGUUGUGGUGGACUAGCAGGGAUUUGGGUGCUUGGAGUGUUAAAGUGGGCCAGUCUGCGUGGUUUCACUUCUGCACUGACUGAUGGAAAGCCCCAGCCUGUGCUCUCCAGGCUGAUAGCUCUGCUCUGCCUGCUCACUCCUGUGUUGGAAAGUGGACGGACGUUGAUGGCACGUCCCUCAGAGUUUUACAUUGGACCUUCACCUAACCUCAGCAUGCUGCCCUUGAGCACGUUAUCCUCAUCACUGGCCUGCGUGGUGUGGGAGAAGGGCUUGUGUGCUGAAGGGAAAAUGAGAAAGGGGCCAAAUAAAGUGGCGGCAAAGCCUCUGCUUAUGAGGCUGCUACGAUUCUUCAAACCAGACACCCUGUACCUGGUUUCAGCUUUCAGUUUCCUCAUCCUAGGCGUCAUGUGUGAUACGUUUAUUCCAUUUUACCAGGGGAAGGUCAUAGAUAUGUUAAGAGAGCAAAUGUUUCAAAGCAGUUUCUACCUUGCACUUGGACAGCUGACACUUGUCUCUUUUGGGAGUGCGAUGUUCUCCGGUUUGAGAGGAGGCUUAUUCAUGUGUACGCUGGCUAGACUCAACAAGAGGUUCAAACAUUUGCUUUUUUACGCAUUUCUGCAGCAAGAGGUUUACUUCUUUGAGGAGAACAACCCUGGACAUCUUUCCGCUCGCCUUCACUCCGAUGUGGACAGGAUGGGUCGUACAGUAGCCCUGAAUGCCAAUGUACUGGUUCGCAGCAUAGUCAAAACCUUCCUGAUGCUGACUGUGAUGUUAAAUCUUUCCUGGGAGCUCACUCUUCUCACUUUCAUAGAGAUGCCUCUCUUGGCCCUCAUACAGAACAAAUAUAUGACAAUAAAUACGGUGCUGAAAGAGCAGAUCCAGGAUUGCCAUGCGCAGAACAAACACUUGGCUUUCCAGACAAUUAGCGGCAUCCACACGGUGCGUAGCUUUAAAGGAGAAGAAGUCGAACAGAGGAGGUAUAAAAAGGCUCUGGAGGAGCUCUGCACCAUUACAAAGCGUUCAAGACUUUACAGUAUAACCUACACUUUCAUACGAAGGGUGGUGAGUCUUGGAAUAAAGAUAUUCAUUCUGAUACAGGCCCGUACACUGAUCAAAUCUGGUCAGCUCACCAUUGGUAGUCUUGUGACAUUUUUGUUGUACCAGAAGCCCAUGUCAUAUAAUUUAAGGGAGAUUAUGUAUGGCUACGGAGACACAAUGAGCACUGUUGGUAUCAUAUCCAAAGUGUUCAGCUAUCUUGACCGGAUACCAAAGAUUAAGAAGGAGGGAAACUUAGCCCCUGAGAAGCUGGAGGGAAGAAUUGUUUUCCAAAAUGUCACCUUCACUUACCCAUCAGCCUCUGCGGAUAAACCAGCACUCAAGUCAGUUUCUAUGAAACUGCAGCCUGGGAAAAUGACAGCCCUCGUGGGUCCCAAUGGCAGCGGAAAAACUUCCUGUGUCAACCUCCUGAAGAGACUCUAUGAACCUCAGGAGGGACAGAUUCUACUGGAUGGAGAACCGCUGCAGAGCUACAAACACAAAUAUCUCCAUCAGAAGAUGGCGUCAGUAUCCCAGAAUCCUGUGUUGUUUUCUGGUUCGCUAAGAUACAACAUUGAAUAUGGCCUGAGAGACUGCAACUUCGAGAAGGUGAAAGAAAUGGCAAACAAUCUCAAUGCACAGGCCUUCAUCUCACAUCUGGAGGAUGAGUAUGACUCAGAUGUGGGUGAAGCUGGUGGAAAGCUGGCUGUGGGACUAAGACAGUGGAUCGCCAUCCUCAGAGCUCUGGCUCGAGAUCCACAGAUCAUUAUUCUGGAUGAAGCCACCAGCAAACUGGAUAUUACCGCACAACAUGCUGUGCUGCCGGAGAUUCUGAAAGCCGGUCGUACAGUGCUGGUGGUGGCCCAUCAGUUAGCGACUGUGGAACAGGCUGAUCACAUUAUCUUCUUAGAGAAAGGAGAAGUGGUGGAGGAGGGGACACACGCCGAACUCAUGGCAAAGGAGGGACGUUACUACCGUCUCAAAGAGGAACUGUUCACAACUUAGCUACGUUGCAGAAAGAGAAGAACAGAGUUUCUUUAACAGUAGGGUUGUCAGGUUGACCAUGGCAUCGGUCUAAAGGUCAGGAUUUACAAUAUACCACACAGAAACCCCCACUGUUUUUACUGUGUAUAUAUUACAGUUAAAUUGUUGUAAGUGUAGUUGAGGAAUUUGCUUUGCUUUUAGUUGAACAACAUACAACACUCUGUGACAUAAUACCUAAAAUGUUGAAUGCCAACCUGCAAUUUUAUUGUUUUUUUUGUUUUUUCUUUUUUUUGUUAUUUGCACAGUGUUAUUGUACUGAAAGUCUUUGAUUAAAUAUUGUCUCAAAGGUUUACACACCAGUACUCCUA